CUCGGCGUUGGGAGUCAAACUUCGGCGUUGUGAAAGAAACUCGGCGACUUCAGCCAAUCACGGCGCGACUCUGUGGGUGGCUCGGCGCAGCUGACCAAUGGGCGACGACAGCGGCCGAUAACCGGCGUCGGUGUAAGUGGUAAGCAGACGAUGCAUGAAAAAAAAGGGCACAGAAUGUAUAAAAUAAAUACUGCAAAACUCCCCAAUCUUCUAAGAAGGGCAGAAAGACAGUAGCUAUCUUUGAAAUGGAAAAUACGACGUCGACACCCGUCAUCAUCGACAUGGCCGAUGCCGAAAAGGCAGACGGCCCGGAUCUCAACUACCAAGAUCCCACCAAACUGUCCUGGUCGCGCAAACUACUGGUCGUUGUCGCAGGCUUCACGGCCACGUUCAACUGCAACCUCGCCUCUUCCCUCCCCUCCGGCGGCCUCGUCUCCAUUUCCGAGCACUUCUCCGUCUCAGAACGCCCGCUGCUCGUCCUCCUAAACUCUCUAUACAUGGUGGGAUAUGUGCUCGGCCCGUUGCUCUGGGGUCCUCUGAGUGAAUACAAGGGCCGUCGUCCUGUGUUGCUGUCCACGUUUGCCGGUUACCUCAUCUUCUUGCUAGCUUCGUCUAUUGCACCAGACUAUGCAUCGCUGCUCAUCUUUCGCACGCUAGGCGGUAUCUGUGCAUCCGCACCCACGGCCGUUAUUGGUGGUCUGUAUGCCGAUGUCCUCGAUAACCCGACGCAUCGCGGCAUCGCAAUGUCCUUUUAUCUCAGCAUCACUACUGCCGGCCCUCUCGUUGGACCAGUCAUUUCCGGAUACGCUUCGCAAAUCUCAUGGAGCUGGCCCUUUUGGAUUGCCGCAUUUAUUGCGUCUCCCGGAAUCCCCUUGGUCCUCGCCCUCCCCGAGACUUAUGUCCCCGUCCUAAAACAAAAGGCCAUGGUUCGAUGGUUACAGGAGAAUGGCGCACAUCGAAAGGAAAUUGAAAGCGUAUCAAGCACCGGCUUAGACCCAAGAAAGAUCUUCCUUCGACCUGCCGUCCUUAUGGCUACCGAGCCAGUGUUGCUCUUCAUGGCUCUGUACUUGGCUCUGACCUAUGCCAUUAUGUUUCUCACUUUUCAAGCUUAUCCCAUCAUCUUCCAAGAACACUACGGCCUAUCACCCGCUCGAGCUGGUCUGGCUUAUAUCCCAAUCAUUAUUGGUGUUCUUUCUGCCUUUGUAGCAGGCACCUUUUACGGAUGGUACUUUGACAACGCGGCUGCCAACGGCGCUCCAUGGGCACAAAAGGAAGUAUACCGCCGACUUCCUAUUGCCUGCGUCGGAUCUCCAUUCAUGGUGAUUGGCCUCUUCUGGCUAGGCUGGACAAGCUACCCAGGCAGCAUCCCUGCUAUCACGCCCAUGAUGAGCGGCAUCGUCUUUGGCUUUGGCAUGCAGCUCAUCUACAUUGGCGGCCUCAACUUCAUCACAGAUGCCUUCAAGACGCUCUCUGCUUCCGCACACUCUGCCGCAGGAAUCACACGCUCCAUCAGCGCUGUCCUGCUGCCAUUGGCCACCAGUGCCAUGUAUUCCAACCUCGGCGUCCAUUGGGCCCCAUCUCUGCUGGCCUUUCUCUCUUUAGCAAUGGGACUGGUUCCCUUUGUAUUCAUCUACUUUGGUGAUAGCUUCAAGCCACGGACCGUACCCGUUUAAAUGGGAUCAAAUAUAUAAUGUUAGAAUGCCACGUUGGUUGCUGUUGCAUAGUGGAAGAAACAAAACAUUGUUCAUAUAAUUCAUACUAAUCUACAAAGAAUACCCCUCUCUACAUUGGCUAGUAGAAAACAAAAACAUAGCGAUAUAGUGACGCUUCUGAUAAUGCACAGACUAAGCCCCAGCCCAAACCGCAGCUGGCUCAUAAUACUCCUGGAAUCGAUCCGUUUCGUCCCACUGAACAUUGUACACCACGUUCCAGCAUACUAGCAACAACGAAGUAAACCUCGUCGUCCAAAAGUACAGAUAUCCAUCGGGAAGCGCACCAACUGUUUUACGAAGACUGUCAGACAUGUCUUCGUAGUGGUUCUUCUUGUUGCGCAGUGCUCGCAAAAGGUCAAGCAGACGAGACCCAGUGUACUUGCGCUGCUUGCCCAGCGAAUCCAAAAACUCGCGCGGCAGAGCCUUCUGGAAGUCACCUCGGGUAACCUCCAUGGCGUGGCUCUCCAAUUCCAUAAGUGCCGCAGAUGGGGGAUCGCGCGGUUCCUUUUCAAAGUGAUCCGAUACAUCGCAGAGGAAGGCCAAUCGCUUCUUGGCAGGCCAGAAGAACGGAUGUGCCAUAACUUCACGGGCGUUGGGUCGACGGCUUGGAUCCGCAUCCAACAUGGACGCAAUCAAGUCCUUGGCCUCUUCCGCAACUUCGCCAAGCAUAUCGAGCGCCUUCAGAUUGUAGCUGCCCUUGCGAAUGUUGACUUCGCGCAUGUACCGGUCGCCGCAGUCAAACGGAUGUGACCCAUUGGUGAGCACAUAGAAGAAGACCAAGCCUAGCGAGAAGAUAUCAAUAGCGCGAGUCGCACGGCGGCCGCUCGGCAUGCCGUCGUUGAGAAUCGAUCCAGAGCCACUAUGCGUACUAGCAUCGACCAUGCUUGUCUCUCGGGCAUCAUCAUCUAACAACAACUCCGGGGCGCGCCAGCCUGAUGUGCCCGCCGCUCUACCAGUCGUAGCUCCAAAGGACGACUGUCCACCUUCAAGCUUCUUGCAAAGACCAAAGUCAGAAACAAGCAGACGCGGCUUGCCUCCCUUGCCCAUGUUGAUGAGAAUAUUCUGUGGCUUGAGAUCGCGAUGGACAAUGCGCAAGUUAUGCAAGUGGCUGAUACCAUUGGUUAUCUGGAAUAAGACACCCUGCAGAUCCAAGCGGCCAGCAUUAGCGAGCUCCCGGUAGGCGUGUGGCUUCUCAAUCACAUCGGCCAACGAGGCAGCGCAACGCUCUAGCGCGAUAUACAGGAAUCCAUCCGUCAUUUGCUGCGAGUAGUAUCGGAUGACGUUAGGAUGGUCAUCACUCUCUCGCAGCAAUCGGGUUUCUUGCGACGCAAUGUCGUAAAAUUGAAUCAACAUGCGCUUGACUGCUACCUCGCGGCCGUCAAACUUACCGGCAAACACAAGCGUGCCAUUGCUGCCGGUACCAAGCUGGAUCUCCGUGUUGACUUCUAUGUUACCCAUGCGGAUGAUGGGCCCGGUGACGGCCUGCAUGUCGUUGGCGACAGUCAUGACAUCGGGUUCCAGAAGAGGACGGUCGCCUAGCUUCUUGGCGUUGCGGAUAGCUUCGUCUACUGCCGCAUCAUUGUCCUUUUGCUCGUCCUUUGGUGAUGAUUCUUGGUUGUUCUUAUUCUUCUUGUGUUUCACACCGCCGCGGCGUCCGCGAUGAGCCUUCUUCUUCUUUUCAGGAACAGGUGUGCUUGGGCCUUCAGGGGAUGGCGUCAGUUGCGAGUCACUAAGAUCGUCCUGAGCAGAUGUAUCUGCAGGGGCUUCUGCCGCGGUAGUAACAACAGCCUUUGGCUUUGUAGGAGUCGCAUCAAUGUCCACCAUGGCUGCAGCGUCCUCCUCCAACUGCACUUCUUUGUCCUGCGCAACAUCCUCUGGCUUAGGGAUCGCCAGUUCAUCCUUUGCAGGUUCAGUCGGUGUUAGAGGAUCAGCCUUGUCCGCUGUGUCAAUGAGAGUAGUAGCAGCCCCCUUUUCAUCGGCGGGAGGUGUUGGUGGCAGCUUGGCAUCAACAGACUUCUCCUUGGCUGCUGUUGAUACUGAUGCUUGUUCCUCCACCUUUGGCGGCUGGGCUUCAUCUUUGAGCUCUGCUUCCGCAGUCUGCUUUUUGUCAUUUGGUUCCUGUGUCGAUUUGGGUUCAGUCUUGGCCAACUUCUCCUUUUCAUCAGGUUGGGGUUGGCCAAAUACGUCAUUGAGCUCUCGCAUGACACCCUUGACUCGCAUGCGGCUAUAAGAGCGGCGUAACUUGUCAUGGUUAUACAUGAGGGUGCCGAUAAAGAGGAUAAUGAGAAUCGGGUUGCUGACAAAGUCGACAAUGCUGUUUGCCGCGCUUUUGGGUAGAGACUUUACUUUGGUCACGAUAGUUUGUUCGAGAGGCUCAUAGGCAGGCAACAGAGGAAUAGUCGGAUCGACUUCUGAUUCUUCAUAUCCGUCACCGCGGACGGUACCGGGGAGGCUGGGAAGUUGUUUGGGGGUACCUCGAAUGCUAUCCAAAUAAUGGGUACCAACAAGAGCAUUGUUAAUCUUGUUUUGUUCCGCUGUUUCCCAGGAUGGGGAUCCGUUGGGAUCAGAGGCCUGGGCACGAGGUGCGUGGAUAAUAAGCGGGUAGGAUCUGCCGGACAUGGCAUACCAGCUACCAGCCUCAGUCUGGUUCAAAAAGAUUCGGUUGCUGCGCUUCAUGGCAAUCGCUUCGUCUGGUGAUGGCAUGGUAGGCUGGGGAAGGACAACCAGCUGCGGGUUGCUGCCAGAGACAGCGUCCCAGGGGCGGCAGACAUCAAAGACGCGGGCGACAGGUGCCGAGAACUUGUGGCUAAAGAGGGGUGACAUCUUUUCGGCACGAGAGUGGUCAAAGGCGUAGACUUUGCCGUCGUGACGACUCGUAAUGUAGCGGCUAUCGAGAGAGGUAUGGUAUUGCUGCAUGAGGUCGCUGUCGAAGUUGUUGGGGCCCCAUUCCGAAUACUUGAGUGUCGCAAUGGGCCUGCCAUCUUGACGCUGAAUGCCAACGGUAUACUCGGUGCGGCCCAAGGUAAUGGUGCCAAUGGUGCUACAUUCCUCAUCUUGGCCCUCAAAUGUGUUGGGCUGCAGACAGCUGUCUACUUCAUUAAUAUGGGAGCCGCUGGAGCCAAACCACUUGAGGACACGGCCUGUGGCGGCAUCGAGCGUGACCAUGGUGGUCUUCUUGUCACCAGUGUACACUACCGCUGGAUCCUCUUGGGGAGCGUAGGGAGCAAGCUCCUCGACAAGUCGCUUCAUGGUAAAGUCGGUACGGACGAGGCCGACGCCGGCGUCGGGGAUCCAGACAAAGACGCCGCCAUCCUGACUAGGCUCGACGGCCCAGAUGUAAUGAUCGACGGGGCUGUAGUCUUCGUCGAGGACGGAGUUGUUGACUCUAAAAUGUUUUGUCUCGACCAUGGGUUGGUCAACCUCUAGGUGCCAGAGCUCCUUGCCGGUUUUCCGGUCGCUGGCAUAGAGGUCUCCAUCGACGGUCGCCAGAAGAACAAAGUCUUCUACCUCCCAAUCCCCCAGACUCCGCGCAGACUGCGGCGAGGAGAUUCCGGCAGCGCUGCUGCUGGAUCCACGAUGUCGGGAAAGAUGUGGUGCUCGGACGGCAUCGGCCGGAGCUAAAGUUGCGAUGGCGCUCGCAUCGUCAGAUUGAACUGCGUUCUGGUUGUUGUUGGUUUGUCGCCUAGGUUGUUGGCGCUUUUCGUUAUUGCGGCUGGGGCUACGAGAGACAAUGGUUUCUCUAGUACCAGUCACGGUAUCAACUUGCGUAGCAUCCAAGUCAGGCACUACCCGUUCUGCAGGGGCAACGCGGACUUGUUCUGCUUGCUGGACAAUAGCUUCGGGCGCCGCUGCAUUCGCAGACUGCUGUUGCGCGGAGGCGAGCUGAAGCCAGGGCAGGACGAUGAUGGCAAAGGCAAGCAACAAUUUAUUUUGGCCUGCCGUAUGUCGGCCGUCGCCAGAGCGGCGCGGCAGCAUCUUAAUGUAUGUUGUUCGGUCGUGUCGGAUGAGAUGCAAUCAUGAGUUCUCGGGGGGGUGUCGAUUUCAAUGGUGGGAAGCCGGGGGUGGCUGGCGACGGGAGGCAAAUGCCAUAACCAAGCGACGAGCGAUUGCUGGUGGAAAGCGGCUCAGUCUUCUCUACGGUAGAGAAGUGCUGGAGCUGCCGGUCGGGAUUUAAAAAAAAAUGAGACGAUGGACAGCAGGACGGGCCGCUUGUUGCUUGUUCGAGAAUCGGGCUGUGUGCGUAAGUGUGUUUGUGGGAUGAAAUGCGCUGUGUCUAGCGAUGACGGAUAAAAAAAGAUGUGUCGCUACGAUUAAAUCGGGGUGUGUGAAAUGAUGAUGCGUAGAUGAAUGUCGAUGUGCUAAUAGAGAUGAAAGAGUCAGGAAAUGCCGACGGACGAGGAUAGGCUGAAAUAAAGUUGUGUGUGGGAGGAGAAGCAAACGAAAAAUGGUGAUGAGUCGGAAAAGGGAGAGGAGGUACAGUACAUGCACUACAGUACCUGCCGCCUCUAGUAUCAAGUGUGUGG